AUGAGUAAGGAAACCGCUUAUGAACAACUGUUCUUCUAUUCAUCUUUAUCCUUAUCGCAAACCUCGAAUGAGCUGGUGCAAAUAUAUUCCUCAUCGCCAUGCGUCCAUGCUGUACCACAACAACCUUUCCUGGCUACUAACGAAAUCCACCAAGUGACACUACAGUAUGAGCCGGACUAUUCAGGUCGCCGAACCCAUGUUUUGACCGCAGUAGAAGUCUCCUCAAAACGCUUGUUGAACAUAUGGAUAGCUUACGCUAAAGCUGAACCACCUAAUAUCUCUAAAACGUACGACAUGCGUAUUCCAAUCAAGGAAGAUACGAUUAUUACAAAGAAGCUACCAAUAUCGAAUCCAUAUAGUAUACCGCGGACGUUUCGUGUUUCGUCUUCACGUCCUGACGUCGUCGAAGUGGGGGAAGAGGUGUUGAAUAUUCCUGGCAUGGAAUCAACCACAAUCCCACUACAUUUCCAUAAUGUAGUUCGGAGUCCAAUUAGAUUAGAAGUUUUGAUUUUCGUGUUCAAUGGUGAAUCUGGGCAACAGGAGGAAACAAUAAUGCUCAACGUGAUUUUCACAGAUUAA